CAAAUCGAAUAUUCGAAUUUUGGGGGUUCUUUCUUCUUCUUAUUCUUCUUCUUCCGACCCUACAAUCCGUGAUCUUACGUAUCCAGAAAUUUGAAACCUUUAAUCCUAAAUCGUUCUGUAAGUUACGCAGAGCAAAACGAUUACUUCCUUCUCAUUUCAUUUUUUCUUAUUAAUUUUCGAGUUUUCAUCGGAAUUUUUGUUUAUCCUUCAGUUUAAUAACGAUUUCUUCAUCUUCGACGGGUUGUUUGUAAAUUUCACUAGGAAUUACUUGUCAUCCUGCAGGAGCUUUGAGUUUAAUAUCAUCAUCAUCAUGAAGUUCUUAGAAUACACUCCUCUUGACCGAAUAAAUGAUUUCUUGAGUAAUUUAAACCUUGGGGAACGUCAAAUCAAAGGAACCCUUGAAGCCUACUCCUGUAAACACACUGGAACAGACAAAAGACUAUCUCUCAGUUUGGAAAAUGAGAUCUUGGAUUAUCUUGGGAAAUCUUCAGACACUGAUUCCUCUUCACCAGCUGAUUUCCUGUUGAGCAGAUCAAGCCGAAAAACGGUGAUCUACUUGGUGCUUACCCUCUAUCACAUGUAUCCAGAUUAUGACUUCAGUGCAGUAAAAGCACACCAGUUCUUCACAGAGGAAAGCUGGGAUACUUUUAAGCAGAUCUUUGACACCUACAUGAUUGAAGCAUCAAAGGAGUGGGUUGAGACAUAUGGGGACAGUUCCCUCCUAGAAACUGUAUACAAGGCACUAGAUGAGGUUGUGAAACUAUCUGAUUGUGAAAUUUACAGUUACAAUCCAGAUUCUGAUGCAGACCCCUUUCUGGAGAAAGGAGCAAUAUGGUCAUUCAUCUUCUUCUUCUAUAAUAGAAAACAGAAGCGUGUAGUUAGUUUCCAUUUCUGCUGCUUAAGUAACUUGGUGGUGGAUGGAUUUCCCAUGGACAGCUUGUGUUAUGAGGAGGACGGGGAAAUAUUUGAUGACAUGGACAUGUAAUCACUAACAUCCAUGUUCGGCCUGUAUAUUUGCAUGUCAAGACCCUUUGACAUCUCUCUGUAUCUGAACCAUAUGUUGUUGCAGCAUUGCUUCCUCCAUAUUCACAUAGGCCGAGUAGGUUUAGCUUGUCCAUCUCCAUCAUCAUGUAUGCAUAUAGUUGUUUCACAUGUAGUUGCUGUUGUUACCGUCUGUAAAAAAAAAAAAAAAGGCAUGUACAAGUUCUAAUUUAGGGACAGUUUAAGUCGAUCAAUAACAUUCCAGAUUCGGCAGUCAAAAUUCAA